AUGUCCAACGAAACAACACCACUGACCCCGCCCUCGACUGCUUUGUAUCCUACUCUGAUAACACCGCCAGAAUCGGGUAAUUCCAUCGAGGACCCGAUACUUAUAUUCGAUUCUGAUGAAUCGGAUGUCUCGGACACGGAGGCGCUUGAUGGAUCUGUUCGUCAGCUAUCUGAAAACAGUCCAUCGCCCUCCCCUCGGGGUGCGGCCAGAUUGCAGCCCCGAAAGCUCCGGCGCCAUAGCCGAGAUGUAUCUCCUUCUGGAGGAGAUGCCAAGGUGGAAAAGCUGGAUGAAGUCGAGAAUACCAGGGGAUUGAACGUAAAUAAUAGCGAUCUGGCGCACAACACACCUCAUAGCUCUCCCAAAUUGCCAAUGGACAGUCCAAAUGGCGGUACUGCUUCGGAAAGCAGUGACACCAGGCCAUCUCACUCAAGUACUCCCUCAGCCUCCGAAGUACCAAUGCCAAUGUGGAAGCUGGAAAUGAAAAUCAAGGAGAUUAUCUUGAAGACCGCCACGGAAACAGAAGGGCAAAAAGAAGGGCAUGCCUACAUAUAUGCGGAUCCGAGAAAUGAGGCAGGAUAUUUCAAACUGGGAAAAUCUGAAGAUCCAUUGCAGCGUGAAAAAGAGCUCCAAGUUAAAUGCAAACAUCCCACGUUCCAAGUGGUGCAUGUGGUGCCCAGAGAAGUGUCAGUUCCUUGGUUCAGUCGUUUGGAGUCGCUGGCACACGCUGAACUCGCCAAUAUGAGAUAUUCUUUCGAAUGCCCUUGCCGUACGCCUCACAAAGAAUACUUCACCGGAAGAGUGCAGGAGGCCUUGGAAAUCCUCAACUUCUGGUCUAGCUGGCUGCAGUGCAAUCCGUAUGACGAGCAGCUCCAACUUUCUCCUUUCUGGAAAGAUAGACUUCGUCUUCUGGGAGGGAAAGCACUUAGCCAUCCCAGGUGCCCCAACAUCGAAUGUCGCUCCGCCGCGGACAUCGGUUCCAGCUCAUGUCAAGCAUGUCUCAGACUACGCUUGAAAGCAUGGGCAGACGUGACAGAAUUUGAUUAUUUCGAGUUCGAAUGUCGCAUGAGGAUUGGCUGGGGGUUUCUCCGUCAAGUCAUACACUUGAUGUGGCCCCGCUUUGGGAGUCGCAGUUUCAUUCUCAUUGAGGGCUGCGAGAAGAUGAAACGCAUAGCCGCUUUCUUGUGGGCCCCGACGACUCAUUUGCGUUUCCUUUUGUUGUUGAUAUUUUGGCUCUGGCACUCGAGCAACGCACCUCGCGAAUCCAUUUUGUACUAUGGCAUACUUUGCUUUUUUGCCUAUUGGAGGAUCACGACAGAAUUAGACAACACUCCAAGUGACAGUCAAUUGACAAAAGUGCAACCCAUUUCUCGGGCACCAGGCAAGAAAGCCAAUAUCAGCGCUUCGAAUUCGCCAGGCACCAAGAUCUUUCCUAACACAGCCAGUGAACCAGAGAUGCCAGAUGAAAAAGGACCGCCCUCCAAGAGCCGCUCAGUGAGCGUCAAUGAACCUAUCAAUAUGUCGAGCAUUACCCGAGGCUAUAGAUGUGCCACUGCUGUCCAUGAAAUGUCUGAAACCUCCAAAGCAGAGCACAACGGUGCCAAACCUUUUUUGACUCCAGACCGAGCAACAAGGACUGUCGGUAAAACCAGUCCGAAAGCCGGUGCAAAACGACGAAAGAGCGAUAUUCUUUGA